CGGCUCGAACCGUAGCUCUUCCAAGCGCAGCCAUAACACAAUUGACCUUUGACCCGCAACGAUAGCAAAUCUAAAUCCAGCCAAGAAUCUUUAGCAGAGCUGUAGUAAACAUGGCAGAUCCACAGUCUUCUCAACUUCCGGAGGAUGAACUGACUGUGCCUCGAGCCCCACUCAAUAAGAUGAUCAAGGAACUACUACCCAACGUCCGAGUUGCAAACGAUGCACGAGAGCUGAUUUUAAAUUGCUGCACCGAGUUUAUUCAGUUGGUGUCAUCAGAAGCAAAUGACAUCUGCAAUAAACAGGCCAAGAAGACGAUAUCUCCAGAACAUGCACUCCAAGCAUUAGACAGCUUAGGGUUUGGAGAUUACCUACAAGAGUGCAAGUCAGUCCUAGAGGAAUGCAAGACAGUUGCAGCAAAGAAGAGGAAAGCAAGCACUCGUCUUGAGAACCUUGGCAUACCUGAAGAGGAACUUCUGAGGCAGCAGCAGGAGCUCUUCGAAAAGGCCAGACAAGAGCAAGCAGCAAUAGAACAGCAGGAGUGGUUGCAGUUACAGGCCGCCCAAGCAGCCCAGGCCCAACAGCAGGGACUACAUCUACAACCUGGCAUGCAACCCACUGCUGCAACAGGGGGCCAUUUCCAGCCGUACCAGGUGGCUGAGGGCAUACCCCAGCAUGGGGCGGUGCCUUCCCUUAACCAGCCUAGCAGUGGGGCGGGGCAGCUACCCACAGAGUCCGCAAGCAACCAACAGAUCCCGCCUUCAUGACGGACGUUGCUAAUCAGGGCGCGGUGAACCCUGACAUUGUUGUGAUCUCAUUGAUUAUGAGGCAUUGAUCUUGGGAGAGGGGUGUGGAAAACAGGUGUGCGUCCCACUUGUUGCAGGACUGAUUAUCCUAAACAGUUUAUGCUCUCAAACAACAAAUGUAUACCCCCCCCCCCCCCACCAUUUAAGUCCGAAAGUAGAUCAAUGCCCCUGAAGAGAUACAUGGUAUGCCUUUGUCUGAAUAUUCUAAGUGGUAGUAAUCUUGGUGCUAAUGGUUCUCUAGAAUUCUCUCACUUCAUAUAUGAAUGCAAAGAUGCUAUGUAUUGCUACUUUGGUAUGGAAGCAGGGAAUCUUGUUUACCCAAGCGGGAUUGUUUUUCUUGUAUCAAGAACAGACCUAGUGAUGUAAAAGUUCAGUGUGACGCUUGAAAGGCAUUAAGCCUCGUUAAGACAUGGCAUAGUGAACCACCUACAAUGAAAAUACCACAUGAAAUUGAAAUGGCAGGAGUAUCGUUGUGCAUCAAAAGUUUUGCAAAUUGCAAUGCAUAGAUUACAGAGUAUGCAUAGGAGCCUCUGUUGCAUGCAGUCAUUUUUUACCCCCAAAUAGUAAAAAGAUGUUUUCCUUUGCUGCAACUUUUCUUUUGAAGCAGUUUACCUUGUAUUUGAGAGGCACGUUCAGAUAUUACGCGGCAUGCCUAUGGCAGACUUGGCAGUUUUUUCUAUAACAUAAAGUGUUGUAAUCUGGCUUUGCAUUUUCUGUGCUUAGUGAAUACAUGCAAGUCCUUUGUUGCAUGCAUUUACUAUUCAUUUACACAUAAAAUAACUGUGGCAAUAUUCCGUGCCAUAUCUGAACAAGCUUUAAUGGGGCUUUAGCAGGAGAAUUCAUAAUAGUUUGGCCUUUUACAAAGCCUCUCUUUAGGCAAACAAUGCUGCAUUUAACUCGUACAAGUAAGCAUAAUAUGUUUUUCUUCAAUAUGAGGUGUCUUGCUUUGCCCAGCAGUUUUUAGUUGUAUUCAGGAAUAAUUCAUGUACAUGUAUAGAUGCUCGGAAGUAAGCAACCAGGAGACACGGCUUUAAGUCCUAUCCGAGUGUUUUAAACAAGUUUCGUGUUUAGAGCUACCCAAUUCCAGAUUAUUGUUAUCAAGGAUUUCUCUUCAUCUGUUGUACUGUGAAAUAAAAAUCGAUUUACAGAUGAAAUACAUGUAGGAGAUUGUAGCUCUUGUAAUAAUGUGA